AUGUGGAUGUCCUUGGAGUCCGUUUUCACGGGGGGUGACAUUGCCAAGCAGAUGCCCAUGGAGGCGAAGAAGUUCUCCCAGAUCGACAAGGACUGGGUCAAGAUCAUGCAGAAGUCUGCGGAGACGAAGCUGGUGGUGACGUGCUGCCAGAACGACAUGCUGAAGCAGAUGCUGCCAGUGCUGUCCGGGGGCCUGGAGACGUGCCAGAAGUCCCUGGAGAGCUACCUGGAGGGGAAGAGGAACAAGUUCCCGCGCUUCUACUUCACCUCCGACCCGGUGCUGCUCAAGAUCCUGUCGCAGGGGAGCGACCCAGAGAGCGUCCAGGAGGACUUCGAGAAGCUGUUCGACGCGAUAAGCCGGGUGCAGUUCGACAAGACGGACAAGCGGAAGAUCGUCAAGAUCAAGGGCGUGGUGGGGUCCGCCGAGGAGGUGGUGGACCUGCAGUCGCCCGUGAUCGCCGUCGGCAACAUCGAGGACUGGCUGCUGGCGCUGGAGGCGGAGAUGCAGAAGUCGGUGCGGCGUGAGUGCCGCCACGCGUCCAUGGAGAUGGGGCAGCUGCUGAGCGGAUUGUCGAUGGGCGACUUCGGUAACAAGAGCAUCGCCCAGGUCGCUCUCCUGGGCAUCCAGCUGGUGUGGACCAUGGACUUCCAGGACGCGCUGAUGCGCAACGCUCGCGACAGGGACAAGACCAUCAUGGUCCAGACCGGGAAGAAGUUCGCGCAGAUGCUGGCAGACCUCGUGGACAUGUGCCUCACCGAUUUGGGGUCCAAGAUGAACCGGACGAAGUUCGAGACGCUCGUCACCAUCCACGUGCAUCAGAAGGACUUGUUCCAGGAAGUCUCUAAGAAGGUGAAGGAGGGCAAGGUCAAGGACCACAACGACUUCGAGUGGCUCAAGCAGACGCGCGUCUACUGGAAGCAGGAGACGGACAACGCGAUGAUCUCGAUUGCCGACGUGGACUUCGUCUAUUCCUACGAGUAUCUGGGUUGCAAGGAGCGGCUGGUCAUCACCGCCUUGACCGACCGCUGUUACCUGACCCAGUCGCAGGCGCUCGGCAUGUUCUUCGGCGGGGCCCCGGCGGGGCCGGCAGGCACGGGCAAGACGGAGACCACCAAGGACAUGGGCCGCACGCUCGGCGUCUUCGUGGUCGUCACCAACUGCUCCGACCAGCACAGGUUCCGAGACAUGGCGAAGAUCUUCAAGGGGCUGUGCAUGAGCGGGCUCUGGGGCUGCUUCGACGAGUUCAACCGCAUCGAGCUCGAGGUGCUCAGCGUAGUCGCGAUGCAGGUCGAGUCAAUCUGCUCGGCCAAGAGACAGGCGGUGAAGAGUUUCUUGUUCCCCGGGGAGGCCGCGCCCAUCAAGUUGGUCUCGUCGGUAGGAUACUUCAUCACCAUGAACCCGGGCUACGCGGGCAGGCAGGAGCUCCCGGAGAACCUCAAGGUCCUCUUCAGGAGCGUCGCGAUGAUGGUGCCGAACCGCGAGACGAUCAUGAAGGUGAAGCUGGCGGCCGUCGGGUACGCGUCCAUGGACAUGCUCGGCAAGAAGUUCUGCAUCCUCUACGCGCUGUGCGAACAGCAGCUGAGCAAGCAGAGGCACUACGAUUUCGGCUUGAGGAACAUCCUCAGCGUGCUGCGCACGAGCGGCGAGAUCAAGCGGUCGGAGCCGGCGAGCGCGGACGAGGAGAUGCUGUUCAUGCGUACCGUGCGCGAUAUGAACCUCUCCAAGCUUGUGGCGGACGACGUGCCGUUGUUCCUGGCGCUGCUCAAAGACCUCUUCCCGAAGGUAACCGACCCGCCGAAGAAGGUAUACGCGAACAUUGAAUCAGGCACGAAGAAGCUCAUCAAGAGGAACUUGCUGGUGGAGUGGGAGAAGUGGCUGCUGAAGGUUAUCCAGCUCUACGAGACGUCGCUGGUGCGCCACGGCUUCAUGCUGGUUGGCCCGACCCUCUGCGGGAAGACGGAGAUUGCGUCCGUCCUGACGGACGCGAGAUGGAGGAAUGCGGCCAGCUGCGCAGGUUCGUCAAGAUGA